UACUCAACCCCGUCCCCAGUGGAAAACACCCCCCAGAAUAAUGAGUGCAAAAUGGUGGAUCUGAGGGGGGCCAAAGUGGCUUCCUUCACGGUGGAGGGCUGCGAGCUGAUCUGCCUGCCCCAGGCUUUCGACCUGUUCCUGAAGCACUUGGUGGGGGGCUUGCACACGGUCUACACCAAGCUGAAGCGGUUGGAGAUCACGCCGGUGGUGUGCAAUGUGGAACAGGUUCGUAUCCUGAGAGGACUGGGAGCCAUCCAGCCGGGAGUGAACCGCUGCAAACUCAUCUCCAGGAAGGACUUCGAGACCCUCUACAAUGACUGCACCAACGCAAGUUCUAGACCUGGAAGGCCUCCUAAGAGGACUCAAAGUGUCACCUCCCCAGAGAACUCUCAUAUCAUGCCACAUUCUGUCCCUGGCCUCAUGUCUCCUGGAAUAAUUCCACCAACAGGUCUUACAGCAGCAGCUGCAGCAGCUGCUGCUGCUACCAAUGCCGCUAUCGCCGAAGCAAUGAAGGUGAAAAAAAUUAAAUUAGAAGCUAUGAGUAACUAUCAUGCCAGUAAUAACCAGCAUGGAGCUGAUUCCGAAAAUGGGGACAUGAAUUCAAGUGUUGGCAGCAGUGAUGGUUCUUGGGAUAAGGAAACACUGCACUCUUACCCAUCUCAGGGAUCUCAGGCCACUGUUUCCCACCCCCGCAUGCCUGCAGCGCAUAGCCUUCCAGUUAGUCAUCCUCUCAACCACCUUCGGCACAGCCACCUGCUGCCAAAUGGACUGGAACUUCCUUUUAUGAUGAUGCCCCACCCUCUAAUUCCUGUCAGCCUACCUCCAGCAUCUGUCACCAUGGCAAUGAGCCAGAUGAACCACCUCAGCACCAUUGCAAAUAUGGCGGCAGCAGCACAAGUUCAGACUCCUCCAUCCAGAGUUGAGACAUCUGUCAUUAAGGAGCGCGUUCCUGAUAGCCCUUCGCCAGCCCCCUCUCUGGAGGAGGGUCGCCGGCCUGGCAGCCACCCGUCCUCACACCGCAGCAGCAGCGUGUCCAGCUCCCCAGCGCGGACCGAGAGCUCUUCUGACAGAAUCCCUGUCCAUCAGAAUGGGUUGUCCAUGAACCAGAUGCUGAUGGGUUUAUCACCAAAUGUACUCCCUGGACCAAAGGAGGGAGAUUUGGCCGGUCAUGACAUGACACAUGAGUCAAAGAGGAUGCAUAUUGAAAAAGAUGAGACCCCGCUUUCUACACCAACUGCAAGAGACGGCCUUGACAAACUUUCUCUAACUGGGCAUGGACAACCACUGCCUCCAGGUUUUCCAUCUCCUUUUCUGUUUCCUGAUGGAUUGUCUUCCAUAGAGACCCUCCUGACUAAUAUACAGGGGCUUUUGAAAGUUGCCAUAGAUAAUGCCAGAGCUCAAGAAAAACAGGUCCAACUGGAGAAAACAGAGCUAAAGAUGGAUUUUUUAAGGGAAAGAGAACUAAGGGAAACUCUUGAGAAGCAGCUGGCUAUGGAACAAAAGAACAGAGCCAUAGUUCAAAAGAGGCUAAAAAAGGAGAAGAAGGCAAAAAGAAAAUUGCAAGAAGCACUGGAAUUUGAGACAAAACGGCGUGAGCAAGCAGAGCAGACACUAAAGCAGGCAGCUUCAACAGAUAGUCUUAGAGUCUUAAAUGACUCUCUGACCCCAGAGAUAGAAGCUGACCGCAGUGGCGGCAGAACAGAUGCUGAAAGGACAAUACAAGAUGGAAGACUGUAUUUGAAAACUACUGUCAUGUACUGAAUCUUUCCUGUUGAAGAAAUCUCAUGUCAUAGUAAAGAACUUGCAGCCUGGCAUUCGCCAUGGGAAAGUUUGGAAAAAAAA